AAUUUUUAGAUUAAUAAUUGCGAAAAAACAAGAAUUUUGUCUUCACAUAAACUCAUAAAGCAAAGCCUACAAGAUUGGGAUGGGUCUGUCGCUUAAAAAAUAGCGCGCAGAUCUGAUUGAGCGACGCUCUGGCUCAACUCCCAAAAGCGAUUGAUACGUUCCGAUAACUAAAUCCAAAACCCAAUAAUCGGCGUCCCGAAGAUUAACAAGUGGGUUAACAGCAGUUGAAUGAACGUAGUAUUUGCUAAUAUAUAUACAUGAUGGAGUUUUUAAGUAGCCUUGAAGACGUAAAACAAACCAUUAUUGAAAAUAGCAAAUUUAUUAAGUCAUUGGAAAACUGCUGUGAUGACAGUUUCCGCGACAGUUUACAAAAAUUGGUUGAUGAAACAAUGAAGGGCCGACUGGAGAUCGGUGAACGUAUAAUUGCUUUGAAGACCAAGCAGAAACGCAUAGAUGAUGCUUUGCAAAAGGCAUUAUCUGAAACUGAUACAGUUGAACAGUUAAAUGUAAAAUGUACAGAAUUUUUUGAAAAGGAAGACAAGAAACGAAUUAACGUUAAACUAUCGACCGAGUACAAAGAGUUUAAACAACAAAUGAACUCCGCGUUUGGUGGAUCGAAUGUAACAAACGUUGAUGAUGAGGAUGUGGCCGAAGUUAUGGAGCCCGGUGGCAAGGUCGUCUCAAUGUUUGAUCCCUGGUCCAAGGCAUUGAUGUUGAAUCCUGUGCGAAACAUUAAAUGCGGGCAUCACUAUGAAAGAGAUUCUGUGAAUGCCAUUAUAAAAGACAAUUGUGGUAUACGUUGCCCAGUAGUGGGAUGCGCGAGUAAAUGUUUUAUACAGCCUAACCAUCUGGAGCCUGACAUGGCUUUGCGGGACAAAAUAAGAGCGUACAAAGCUGAACAGGAAUUAUCUGAUUCUUCAUCAGAAGAAGAAUAAGAAAGAUUCAUUUAU